ACUUUCUUCUUUUCUAAGAUAUUUUCUGAGUUUUUCUUUGUGAUUUUAAUGCAAUUUUCUUGGAUUCACUAGAAUCCAUUCCAGGCAGAACUGAAUCUGUACAGCAAAGAUCAAAAUGACCCUUUUUCUCCUUUUGUUUUUCUACUCUGUUCUCUCUCUUUUUUCUUCUAAAAUGCCAUUUUGUCGUUUCCUGUCUAUUUGGAAGAAUUUAGGGAGAUUGUUGCAAAAUUGGGCUCUUAAUGUUCUUUGCAAGAAAACAUAAGUUUCCAUCAUCUGGAAAUAGAGAAGAAGGAUAUGAUCCUAUUGAAAUUUGAUUAGGUUUGUUCUAAAAGAUGAGAGGAAACAAUGCAAUUUUAUAUGCCAUGAAAAGGGACUUACUUAAAAUUAUUCCAGUCCAGUUCUCAGUGACUGAAGAGCUAAGAAUAUAUUUCACAAAGAAUUAUGUAAGUGUGAGUUUCAGUACUGGGGACUUGGAAACUUAGUCAUCGUUACCACAGUACAACAACAAAAUCCUACCAUCUUUCCACUUUGGCCCUGCUGUAGCUCCAGCAAGGAAGAUUCUAGUGUGGUAACCUUUGCUUGCCUGCUCAUUGAACAUGGUUCAAAGUCUUUGGAAAUCACGUGGGAACCUAAGCCUCCAGAACAGAAAAAAUUCUCAUCGCAGCUAAUGACUGGAGAGGUCCUGUACACAACAAGUCAACUCACCAUCUCUUCCUCCAGUUCCUCAGAAUUCAAUUACAAAUGCUUUGUAAAAGACAAGAUUGAACUUCCCCCAGCUAUCUUCACAAACAAAUAUUGCAUCUGGCAACCUCAGAAGCCAGUUGAUGUUCAGAUCUUAACCCCCGGCUGUGGCAAACAGAGCUCAGUGGUCAGUGUGGAGCUGGUAUGCUUCAUGAGAAGCCUUAGUAGUGGGAAAGCAGAGGUGGAAUGGCUGAAGAAUGGAGUGAAGAUGCAAGAGAAACAAGAGGUGGCCUUGAGAGCCGUUGAAGGAAAGGGUAGUGGUUACUCCAGUUUCGCCCACCUGAACAUCAGCAAAGAGAGCUGGGACAAAGGGGACCUCUACACCUGCAAAGUGACUCGCCCGCCAGGCAGUCAAAAUAUCACAAUGCACAAUGCCAGCAAAUGUCAAGUGUGCUACGGUUGCAUGAUUCAGCCCACCAUGUUUAUUACCAAGCCAUCUUAUAGAAGCCUACUUGAUAGGUCAGCCGUCCUAGUCUGCACCGUGAUUUCUCCUAACCUUGAAAGUGCUCAGAUCACCUGGCUUGUGGAUGACAAGCCCAGCAAUGAGGGUGUGACUGAGAUGGUGACAACGGACGCUAAUGGAAGUCAGAAGUUGAGAAGUAACCAUUCGGUGUCUUUGGAACAAUGGACGAAGGGCACCAUCUUCGCCUGCAAAGUAAUCGGAGGCUGCUUUGAAGAGCGCACAGAAGCCAUCACCAUCAAGAAGGCUACUCAAAUGCAAGCGCCCUCCGUCAUCAUUUCCCGUGCCCCGCUAGAGAUUUCCCUCAAGAGCACCACUGCCCUCAUUCUCAUCUGUGACGUGAGUGGAUUUUCCCCAGAGGAGAUUAGCAUCUCGUGGGAAAGAAAUAACGUAUCCCUGGAUGAAAAACUGUACGAUAAUGGGAUCGCCACGGAGACAGCAAACGGGUACUCCAUUUAUAGCAUCUUAAAAAUCAGCAGAGAUGAACCCGGAGGAAAAGGAGGGAGCUACAGCUGUAUAGUCCACCAUCCUGCUUCUCAAACUCCGUACACGGCCUAUGAAAAAGUACCCAUUGAUUUCCUGGAGCCUCAAGCACCUACGGUGGAACUCCUGCAGUCUGUAGAUCAGGUGAAGGACACCGUGAUGUUGAAAUGCAUCGCAUCUAAUUACAGACCCCCAAGUGUCACCAUCAAGUGGAUGGGUGGGCCACAAAAUAAGAAGGAAGACACUGUGGUCAGGAAGAUGGCAGAUGGAACCUACUGGGCCAGCAGCCAACUUACCAUCCCCAUCUCCCAAUGGCAAAAAAUGGACAACAAUAGUUGUGAGGUGGUACACCAACCAACGAAUACAAAACAGGUCCAGAAGAUCUCCAGAAAAGGCUGGGUUAGGCCCAUGUCUCUCAUGGUGACUCUGAAUGUCCAUCCACUCUGUCCAAGUUUAGGAGCCAUCAGUAGUGUGACCUUAGUCUGUUCCAUCUAUAGCAACUCCUUAGAGAACAUCCAAGUCACCUGGGAACCAGAUGGGAAAUUUCAAACGUUACCAAAGGAUCGGUCAAAUAGUGUCCAAUUCUACACUAGCAGCAACUUCACAGUAUCCCUACAAGAAUGGAACAAGCUCAAAGAAUAUACCUGCAAAGUAACUCAAGCUGGAAGAAACCACACAGAGACAAGAAGUAUCAGCAAAUGCAAAGCUUGUAAGAACAGUAUACCACCUCCCACAAUUUUUCUACUCAAACCCCCCCUGGAGAGGCUUUUCACCCAAAAGAGAGCUUCCUUGACUUGCCUUGUGGUGGGCUAUGAACUGGAGAACGUGAUGCUCACCUGGAUGAUGAACGGACUUAACCUCACCACAAAUGCCACCACAGAAAAAAUCAAGAGACACCCAAAUCGGACCCAAAGUUUCCAAAGCCAGCUUAAACUCACCAGUCAGAUCUGGGAUUCUGGAAAGAAAAUUGAAUGCAGCAUUUCUCAUCGCUGCUCACUUUUCCCUGAGGUGAAGCGGAGCAUCCAAAAAAACACAGAUUUCAGCCACAUUAAAGUACCAUCUCUCUCCUUGGUUCUUCCACCACUAUCACAAUUGACACAACCUACCUCCCAAGCUGUUGCCUGGUUGACUUGUGUGAUCAGCGGAUUCUUCCCAUCUGAGAUACUCGUCAAAUGGAAGAAGAACAACAGCAGUAUAGAUGCCUCUGAGUAUAUCAUAGGCCCAUCCAUGCUUGAAACUGGAAAGUCCACUUUUUCUACUCAAAGUGUCCUGAAAGUCCCAGCAUCUGAAUGGGAAAACAGAGCUGUGUAUACAUGCCUAGUGGGACAUGAAUCCCUAACUAUCAUGAAGAGCAUCAGUAAAUAUUUGUAUGAUUUCCUGAAACCCACUUCUCCACGAGUGAUGGCAUUCCACACUGUUGAGGACAAGGGCUAUCCAAAACUUGUUUGCUUUGCUACCGGCUUCUACCCCAAAACCAUAGAUAUUCAGUGGAGCAUCAAAGGAGAGAAACUCAAUUCCAUCCCAAACUGUUCGUCUCUAGUGCCUCUCCCUGAUGGGACAUUCCAGAAGGACUGUAGUUUGACCAUCAGUGGAGAAGAUUGGCACAAUCCACAAACAUAUACAUGCACUGUGAAUCACCAUGCAACCAACUUUUUGUUUAAGAAAGACGUGCAUUCUUCUGGAAUGGUGACAUCUCCAAGCAACAUGGAAGUGAUCAAGAUGCAAUUGCCUUCCUUUGAAGAGCUCUUCACAAAUAGAAGUGCAGUUCUAACCUGCAUGGUGCCCCUCAUGAAUGCCACUGCCAAUGCAACCUUCAGCUGGACCAUGGAUGGCAAACCGGCCAACAAUAAUUCAGUGACAAAUGAAGUCUUCCAAGAAAGCAACCACACUUCUUUGAUGUAUGGCCAAUUGCAGGUGAAUCUGAGUGAGUGGACUAGCACCGCCCAAUUCACUUGUAGCAUCCAGAACGGCCAAGGAGAAACAGAGACGAAGCAUUUUGACCGAAGGAAUGGGACUGUGAGACCUCCCAAAGUGAAUCUCCAGCGUCAGUCAUCCAGUGAAGACCUCAAUGUAACCCUACUGUGCAUAGCGAAAGAUUUCUAUCCAGAUGAAAUAUUUCUGAAGUGGGAAGAAGAAAACCAAGAGUUGUCCUUUAAAGGCCACGAUGCCCACGGCAUGAAAUGUGAUCACGAGAAACAAACAUGUUCCUUGCUAAGCAUGCUCGAAAUCCCCACCAGCAAAUGGAUGAUGGGAGCCUCCUACAGAUGCCUUGUAGCUCACAUCUCUUCUGAAAACAUAAUCGCUAGAACAACUAAUUUCUUAACUGAUUCCUGGGAUUGUAGCCUCAUGGGAGCUGCCUUCUGUGACAUCCGCAACGAAAGCGAAGCUGAAUACAGUGAGCUGGAAGAAGCCAAUGGUGUCUGGAAUAAAGUUUUCACCUUCAUUGUUCUCUUCAUUGUGGCCAUAUUUUAUGGCGGCCUAGUCACUUUCAUCAAGGUGAAAUAGCCAUUUGCUAUCAAUGAAGCAUACAUGAAAUGAGAUCCCACCUUUUCCCCUCCAUCAUCCAUUUCUUUCCCCCAUCCUUCAUGCACCACUGUUCUGAGCUACAUGUUUCAUGGAAAGUCACAGCAAAGCAUUAAACGUCACAAAAAUAUCCAUUUCCAUGUGACAGUCUCUGCUUCAUCAGCCUUAACAAUAAAAGGAAGAAACAAGUUUGUUUUCUACUUUAAAAAAAAGUUUCUGUGAAAGAAAGGACGUUUAAUAUCUUCACCCCAAAGUUCACCAAUGCUAAGAAAUGCACUAUGGAUACACAAAUACCUAAUUGUUGUCCUGUCCCCUUAAAGUAUGUCUAAAAGGGAAAAUGUCAACGAGCUAAAAAAACUUACUGUGCACUUUUCAAACCAAUCCACCUAUUUUCCAAAGCACCUGAAGGCCAGACAAGGAAUGAUGGAUGGAAACUGAACAAGGAGAGAUUCAACCUGGAAAUAAGGAGAGAUUUUGUGACAGUGAGAACAAUCAACCACUGGAACAG